UCGAAGGUGGGCCAACCCCUCAUCGCAUCGCAUCUCUCGACACCAACUAUAGUCAACUCCAAUAAACAAACCAUUUUCUCCCAUACACUACCUCUUUCCUAGGUAAACUCAUCCAUCCUCUUCACUCCACCGAUUCCAAAAAUCCAAAGCCCAAGAAAACAAAAUGGGCAAUGGCAUCACCAAGAACCCAUGCUUCUCCAGUGACCCGUAUGCCGCCGCCGUUGCAUCGGACCCGCUCCCAGAUGACAGCCAUGGUCACUCCUUCGCCUACGUGCCAUCGAGCGCCGCCUUCGACCAGACCGUGAUGGCUACUGCGACGUCAUCGGAGUCAUCGUUCUUCUCUUUGUCCGGCGCUGCCAUCAGCGCCAAUCCAACGACGUUGGCGUCGAUGCCUUCAUUUCGACUCUACAAUGAGAUGACGUGGCCACCAUCAACCGCGUGCACGUUCGAGAGCUCACGGUCCUUCACUGUCUUUCCACUCCAGGCGGCGCUACAUCAGCUCUCCAUGUCAGGGCCGGUCCCAUUCACAUCCGGCCGGUCAUCAGAUACAUCAGGCUCAAUGUCGACCACCCCAAACUCACCAUUCAUGUCAGGUCCACUUGACCGUUUCUCGGCCACCUCCUCGUCCAUGGCCGUGGGGGUCCAGCCGAGCGUUUCUCGGCUCAUCGCUGAUCGCCGCACCACGCGCUCCCAUCUCCAUGAUGAGCGAUCCCUGCUACGGUUCUUCGUGAGAACCGCCUCCAAACUCCAACUCGGGUCACCACGCGAUGGCUACCGGCCACAAGAACAACCCGCUCAGCCAAAAAAGGUCUCCUUUAGCGAUAGCGACUACCGCUCGCCGUCGAACAACAAUGUGGAGUGGGCUCAGGGCAUAGCCGGCGAGGACCGCUUCCACAUCGCGGUGUCCGAGGAGCACGACUGGGUGUUCGUCGGAAUCUAUGAUGGUUUCAACGGCCCCGAUGCGACCGAUUACCUCUUCGCUAACCUCUAUGUCGCGGUACAUAGCGAGCUCAAGGGCGUGCUCUGGGAUGACAUCCAAGUUGGUGACGGUGCCAGGUGCAGUCAACAAGAAGUGACCACAGGCAAUGCUGAAUGCCUCUCUUUUGCUGAGGCUGACGGCGACAGCUCGGAGGCUAAGCGCAAACAGACUGAAGUGCCCAUGUUAGGCAACAAAGCCACGCCGGUGCACCGCGAUGUCAUGAGGGCGUUGGCGCGGGCACUGAAGAAGACGGAGGAUGCGUUCUUUGCGGCGGCAGAGGAACAUGCGGCCGAGAGCCCAGAGCUAGGGUUGAUGGGCUCUUGCGUUCUGGUCAUGGUGAUGAAGGGCACAGACAUUUACGUGAUGAACGUCGGGGACAGCCGUGCCGUGCUGGCACGGAGGCCGGAGCCUGACCUAAAGAACGUCCUCGGCAAGGCGUCGCAGGACCUGCAGCAGUUCAAGUCCGAGAUCAUGCGUGAGCUGGAGGCGCAUGACAUGGACGGCCUGCAAGCCGUGCAGCUCACCACAGAGCAUAGCACCGCGGUCCAAGAGGAGGUGUUAAGGAUCAAAGGCCAACAUCUGAAUGACCGGAACGCCAUAGUCAAUGGCAGGGUCAAGGGGAAGAUCAACGUUACCAGAGCGUUUGGGGUCGCCUACCUGAAGCAGCCCAAGUGGAACAGCAGGCUUCUUGAAGCCUUCAAGAUCAACUAUAUCGGCACAGAGCCAUACGUGACCUGCACGCCAUCGUUGUGCCACCACCGCAUCGUCAGCUCGCGGGACAAGUUCCUGGUGCUAUCCUCCGACGGGCUGUACGAGUUCUUCACCAACAAGGAGGUGGUGGACCAGGUGGAGGCGUUCACUGCCGCAGAGCCCGACGGCGACCCCGCGCAUCACCUCGUCGGGGAGCUCGUGCACCGCGCCGCCAGGAAGGCCGGCAUGGAUACGCGCCGGCUGCUGGCCAUCCGGCGCGGCGACAGGAGGCACUACCAUGACGACGUCUCCAUCAUCGUCAUCUCGUUCCAUGGACGGAUCUGGAGGUCGUCUGUCUAGGCGUGUCUGAGUGUGACGACGAGGUUUCAGAGGUCCAAGGCGUCCUCGUAGUUCAGAUGCGAAGAUAUGGAUGAGGCGAGGGUCGAUAGGCUCAAGGGCGAGGGCACGCAGCGCUGCCAUGAGCUGCCUUCAGUGUCCAGCUAUUGUUUUUUUUACCUUAUAUACUAGUACUAGUAGAAACCAUGUUCGUUCUUGCCAAAACUGUUGUACACAGUUCCGCAAUACGAACUCUAUAGCUAAUUAGCUAGGCUUAUAGUAAUCCCCAAAGAAAAGAAGAAGAGUAUGCAAUUAGGGGAAGGGGGUAAUAGUAUAUUUAAUAGUAAGUAGUAACUGCUGUGUCGG